AGUACUCAAGUUUAGGUAGUUUUUCGGUGGCGUGUGAGUUAGGCCCUCUUCAAAUGUUUAGCUAGAUUAGCUUGCUUAUAGUGACAUAUGUGUGAAGCACACAUCGAUUUAUCGUCUGCUAUUUCUUACGAACGGGUAUCAUUUUUCUGCUUCAAAGAUUCAACUUAAUAUAAAUUCCAAAAUGUCUGACCCUGCACCACGUCCGAUGAAAUUUCCGUAUACCUUAUCCGCCCAAUUGGCACAGUUCCCGUUUCAACACUAUUUCAAGAACCAAUGGGUGUAUCGUUACUACUUUAUUGCCUUAGGUCUAUCAAUCCCACUAUUUUACAAAAUAAGCAAAUUAGCAAACUCGCCCGGAAAUGUUGCAAAAUGGGCAGAAGCCAAGCGCAAGGAACAUGCCGAGCAUCACUAGAUGUACGAUCAAUAGGAGUAUCAUUGCAACAAAAUUUAGAGACUAAUUCGAUUUGAAAUGUGUCGUUAUAAUUAUGCAUUGCGAAACUUUUGAGUGCAAAAUAAAUAGUCGCAAUUGGGCAUUUCCAUCUCUAACGAUAUCGUUCAAAAAAUCUGUUUCGAUCCACACAGUGGUACAAUUCAAUAUUAAUUCGUCAAAAGGGCGAAAUUGUUUUUUGUAAACAAACUUGAUUCGCUCACUAGUCUGCUGCAGAGUGAAAUUUCAUGUAAAAUAUGCGUUUAUGUAAAUUUUUACCCUUCGUAGAAGUAAUUUCAAUUGUUUUCUGCUUUGAAAUUAUAGUAAAUUAAGAGAAACCAUCAAAAUAAAAGUUUGUUUACAAAUCUUA